CGUGAACACAACUGUCUGUAGAGCAGCUCCCACCCAUACCAACUUCUCUUUUCCCUGCAUCGUAUACGUAAAGUAAACGAUCUCCUUGUUUCUCGCGAGAUGGACAGUUCUAUUGUCUCGUGGACUUGGAUUUUGGACGCGUUUCAAGUAAAAGAUGAUUCUUUCCCCGUAGAAGAAUUCGAAAAAAUUGUUGUUGAACGGCUGGAUGGACUUCGCAACUUGGCUAGUCCCCUUCGUGGAAGCGUUCAAAAUGAAAAAUUAUGCAUUUAUGGCCAGACAAUAUGCUUUACGGAGGCUCAACAAAAAAGUGCUAGCCGACUGUCUGAGUUGACGGGUAUAGACAUCUCGGAGGUCCUUUAUGUGCUUAUAUCCCACAAUGACUCUUUCUCGGAACGCAGAAUGGAAUCAUUUGCUAGCGAUUCAUCGCUAGUACAGACGUUUACUCGUUCCUACAAUAUAGAGCGGCUGUCUGUCUGGAAACUUAUAUGUUUGCUGCUGUCUACUUGCUCGGACAGGGAAAAUAAUUGGCAUGAAGUGUCAAGAAAUAUUAUUGUACACGUGUUACUGGGAGCCGAAAAGAAUACAGCUACUGGCUCUGGUGAAAACGCUGCCUCUCAGUACUGUGUGCAGGCCAUACAGCUUCUGGAGCAGCUUUACGAACAAUCUAUCCCUACUCGAAUCUCAAAAUUAAGUGAACAGGCCAUUGGUCAAUGGUACUACUUUCACUUCUCGGCCCAAUUACUCUUGGAAAAACUCAUAUUCGCUCUUGUGUACGAUCUGAUACCAUGUACAGCGGAAAUUGCUUCGGCCUGGUUUGAAUGCAUGCGUAAGAGCCGUAUGCUCCAGGAGCAGGACUUCGUCCAUCUUGAUGCCCAAUUGGGGCUGACUUUGUGUCGCCAAAUUGUGUAUCUUGCGGUCAUUGUUUCAGUAGAGUUCAUUGCCCUGGACCGGCAGUCGCAACCUUUCGGCGAGCAGCCAGGCUUUUUUAUGCUGAAUGGAAAAACAGUUAUCAAAGUUCAUGAGGCUUUCAUGCAGCUUGCCGGGGAGCCAACAGCUGCUCCUGCUUGUAUGGCAUGGGGAAUUGCCCUCCAUCUUCUUGAUGGGUCUCCGGAAAACUUGAGUGUAAUGACUGAUCAAAAAGAAGUAUCGGCGGCCAUAUUCCACGAUGUGAAGAGCAGCUACCAGUACCUCAUUCGCACUACUGUGCAUCAUGACCUGUUCAGUAUAAUGAGUAACCUACUGACUAGUCUCAAGGGUGAUCCUUCGAUGGACCGGUAUUGUGUUGUGUUGUCUCUUCUGUUUUCGUCAACAGUGUCCUAUGUGAAAUUCACAGACUCGUUUUUUGCGUGUGCCUCUGAUCUUUUGCAAACUCCGGUAAUACGCGACAUGGCUGCUGAAGAUGAAGAUUGGGCUAGGGUGAUUUUGCGUUCUAAAGCGCGUUUUCCUUACGAUUUUUCAUGCAUCCCAAUUUUUUUUCAGUCACUUGAUACAAGUUCAUGGGACGCCUUAGUUGGUGCGUUACAACUUGAGACACUCACACAAGCAUUACCCGAGGGUUUUAAGGCUUAUGAAAUUAUUCCUGAAUCGCAGGUGUCAACCAAUAUUCUCAUUGAGUUGCAGGCUCCCUUGGAUUUGCCAUUCAUUUUUGAACCUACCUCACAAUUCACCAUCGCUUUACCAGCUGGCACCCGUGGCCGCAUUAUUUCUACCGAGACGUAUCCCCCCGUCGUGAUUUGGAUGGUUAGUUAUAAUGCCUGGUCUCUGCUCGGUAAGUGGUUGUACACCAUUGUGCAGACUAGAACGUUUGACGAAAACGAGGACAAACUUCACGUUCUAAUCCCCACAUGUGCUAAGCUCUUUGCUCAAAAUCGGGGUUAUGUCAGGCGUCUAGCCAUUCUCGCUGCCGGUUCUGUUGGCAGUGAGACAGAUUUCGUGAACACAAUUUGCGAUGUUUUCGAUUAUUACAUGUCCCAACCUCUUGGCCGUGAAAGCCAAUAUGACAUUUGUGUUGCGUCGCUUCAACUGUUGUCCACGUUCGUACGUUUCUCUCCUGCCCAGGUCUGGGCUUAUAUCACUCAUUCUGCCCUUAUUUCUAGCUCCGGUCGACAAAGCUAUUUGGAGGCAGUUCUAACUAACUACGAGUGUGUUGUUGGCAAUUACGAUUUUACCAUUUCUUUCUUUAAGUUUUACGAUUUGCUCGUUUCUGAUUGCAUCAACACUUCAGCGAACGCUGAUGGCUUCUCGGUUAGACUAAAAAUGGAGUUCAUGGGUACAUCUCUGCAGUCGAUGUGUGAAAUCUUUUCAAGCUUUUACGAUUGGUGUUACAAGGAUGUCACUCAGCAGUAUGAACUUGGUUUCUCAUUUGUGAAGGUUGCCUCAAAAAUCAUUCACGCAGCUUUUGGCAUUGAACUUUACAAGGAGCAGAAGGAAACGACUUCUAUUCAUCCCAUUUAUGAGUUGGGAUCGUAUCUUGUUGACAAACUUCUUGUUCAAAAGGCAUCAAAAAGAUACCUUUAUUCCGUUUUCUCACAAUAUGAUCAUUUUGACGAACUGUAUGCUACAUUAAUGACAAGCGUUCAUCAGACUGGAUCCGCUGUUGCUUAUAAAUGGGUUUUAUCAUCUUUCGAAUUUCUCGAUACCCUUAUUCGUCUUCGUGGUUAUCUUAAUCUUCGUCCCUCUGAACUGGAGAAAGAGUUGUUUUCUCGGUCUACGAGCAUUAUCUCCGCGCUACCUCAAUUUGAGGGAUUUGUUGCGCCCUUGUUUCAGUUAUUAACUUCGUUAGUACUUGCGCCAUGGACGUCUGAAACGCCUUCACUCCUUGCUUAUUUGAUUGACUCUACGGAUAUGGUUGGCAAGGUCUGUACCCAAAUUUUAACGAACCCUCUGCGGUCAGAUUUGACAGAAGGCUGUGUGUGGAAGUUUCUCUCUUCAUUGAUGAAGGGCCAACAGCAAGGCUUAGCUGUCCUUUUAUUUUCUGGAAAGCAAUUUCCUCUUAAGCGCAUGAAAAAUAUGAAUCACUUUACAGAUUCGCAAAAGGGUACUACAUCUUUGACAUCUAUAGCUGAAAAGCGAAUUGCCGAUUUGCCUGAUAAUGCUGAUUUGCAGCCCAAGUUACCCAUUUUUGAAUUCGUUUUCCUGGCUCGGAAUUUCUGGUCUUCAACAUAUGCCAAAAAUGAACAGAACGAAAAGUUCUGGAAUACGAUAACUCGUGUCAUUUCCAGUGUACAGGAGACGGAUGCAAAAGACAAAAAUUGUCCUGUGAUAUAUACUGCGGCCUCAAAUGCUUUUCGGAUUGCUGCCGUCCAGCUUUUUAUGUCACAAUCACGGAACAAUACUAAUGUAACCAAGCUGGUUGUGGAUCCCAUUCACUCGGUACUUGAUCAGCUAAUUCGUGUUAUAUAUACGUUAAAGGAUUAUGAUCAUGAACUACAUGCCGAAAUACAGGAAGGCUUUCAGAAAACAUGGAAGAAAUUUCCUUUGCUUUCUUUAAAAAAUACGGGGCUUGUUUCUCCCUCAUACGGUGAGGAGUUCUUCUACAACAUAUCGCUUGCUCAACAAAUGUUGGGUUUAAAUCCGAAAGUCUCUGCACUAAUCGAAACUGUUAAAAGUGUAAACGUAAACUUGUCGGUUGUUGAUGCACAGGUUACGCUUCUUCGCUCUUGUUCUCUAUUUUUGAGUUCUUUGGCAGACUAUUCGAAGGUUGAUUCAAAGGUAGCACUGUUGUGCCUAAAGGCGUCUGAAUGGAUACUGGAGUCUGUUCAGUCAGAACGUGUAGGUCUAGCUCUUUUCAAUAGUGUUUACGCUGAGCGUGCACAGUUAGUUUUUCGCAUGAGCCAACAAUGUGCAAACAUUGUAGAGUUUAAUGAGGAAAAUACAAAACUGCUCUACAAGCUCUUGUACUCCACUUGGAAAUCUAUAAUGACUUCAAAUUUCUCUUUGUACGACCCUUGUUCCGAUACUUUCAUGCCUUACUACCGCUCCCUUGUUCGUGCUCUUUACAAUCUUCUGAACGUUCUUUUGUCGAACAAGGAGCACAAGGCCCAUGUGAAUCUCAGCACGGUCGCUGGAAUUCUUUACAUGUGUCAUAGAAAAUUAUCACAGCUGUUUGAGAAGGCUAUUUCUCAGCCGAGCGCCGAAAUUCAUGCUGACAUUGUGCUAUUCAACUCACUACAUGAGCUGCUAAUUGAUAGCCGCUUAGUAAAGGGCUUGGAGACACAAAUUGUGUCUUGUAUGGUCAACACUGCUUCCGUGGAAAACUGUGUUCACCUCCUUUCGUGGUCGCAUGAACUACUUCUUGAAAACCAACCUUACUUUGCUGAUGCUGCCAUUACGUUUUUGGUCGCAUGCUCAAAACACCCUAUUGCUGCAGAACAGAUUGUUAACACGGGGUUAUUCACCGUUCUUCUUGAGGCUAGAGUAUUUUCAACUUUAAGAAAUUCAUCUGUGACAGCUGAAGGUUCGCCCAUAUUGCACCGGAUUUGGACACGCGGAAUUCUUCCUUUAAUGUUCCAGACGAUCAAGUUUUUGGGUAAUCGUAUACAACAAGAAACGCGUGAAAUGCUUUUGUCAUUUAUUCCGCAAAUACAGACGUCCUUACUGAAUUGGCGUCAGCUUCCCCAAAAUGUGAAUCUUGCGGCUAUUGAUGAGACGUUUAUGAUUGUUCUUUUGUUUGAGUUGUUGCAAACUUAUAACCCAAUUUUGCUGCAAGAAAUUGGUGCCGCGGAAAUGAAAACACAAAUGAUGAACGGCGUUGACUAUCUUAUAACACACCCCAAUUAUUUGAGCACAUUGGCAACGCCUGCUAGUGUAUAUGAGCAAGUUUAUGCGGUUGACAUUAUCGGUUUACCAAAAGAGGAAGCAGUUGCAGGCUCGGAAAGUCACUCCUCUCCUUUUGCAAACUUAGUACGUUUACAGUUGGAUAAGCUGAAAGCGUAUUUGGAGCGGUAACUAUACCUGAUUGCCAAUGCUUAGACUUCCUUGCAAAAGGUGGUCUAAUUUAAAAGUUUAGACACUUACAAAACGUGCGCAAACGUUGGAGUUUUAGUUCUCAUGUUUCAAAGAACAUAAGGUGACGGACAUUCUUUAUGUUCUCCAAUGCUACUUUCUUUUUUCCUUUAUGUUUUUGUAAAUGUACUUUGCAGUAAUACGAAAUAGACUGGUUGCGGGCUAGCAUUAUUAUAAGGUUCUGUUGGGAGUGGUUUUACAUGUCUUUCUGUUUUGAGUUUGAUCUACAAAAGUAAUUUCUAAUGGUACUUGGUGUUUUCUUACCUGUUCAGUUUGUUUCUUUGCGACUUUUCAUUUGUUGAC